CACAACUUACAGAGACGCUGUGUGCACAAUGAGCUCUGAAAGAGAGACUGCAGCCGCCUUAUCUCUAGAACUCGAAUCAAUAGUUGGCUUCAACGGCCACAUUCCCGGUGGAUUACUCUGCCAUCCUGACCGCAGUCACAUUGUUUACGCCAUCGGCUGUAACGUUGUCAUAGAAGAGAUCGCCUCGCAAAAGCAGACUUUCCUCAGUGGACACACAAACCUCGUGUCAUGUCUCGUCGUAUCAAGGAGUGGCCGCUUUAUUGCAUCUGGUCAAGUCACUCACAUGGGAUUUGUUGCUGAUGUGAUUGUGUGGGAUUAUGAGAAGAAAGAGAGAUAUGCGACGUUCAAGUUGCACAAGGUGAAGGUCGAGGCGUUGGCUUUCUCUCCCUCUGAUCUGUUUCUGGUUACUCUUGGAGGAAGAGACGACAAUAGUGUUGCAAUCUGGGAUCUGUCUAAAAAAGAGGCCGUGUGUGGUAGUCCUGCUGCCAUGAAAAGUGCAGGAACUGUGUUUGCGGUUGCAUUUUCCAACAAGAGGGACGAUGUGUUUGUGACAGGCGGAGAUAAAACACUAAGAAUUUGGGAGCUUGAUCGUUCUAAUCGUAAGAUACGUCCAACUGAUGCAAACCUUGGCCAGCUGAAAAGAGUCGUCAAGUGUCUCCAAAUUGAUGACAGUGAUGAGUUUGUAUUCUGUGGAACAACAAGUGGUGACGUACUGCAGAUCAACAUUAAGACGAAGCUGUUGAGUAAAUUUGGCCCACAAAAGCAGAAGUUCAGUCUGGGUGUGCUGUCAUUAGUUCUGCUCAAAACGGGUGACAUGUUGGUCGGAACAGGUGAUGGAACAGUUGCUCAACUGAGAGGUUCAGACUUCAAGAAAGUCAGAUCGACUACAAAACCGUUGAAGGGUCACAUCAUGUCAUUAGCAUUACGUGGUGGAGGACACCAAUUUUACGUUGGCUCUUCAGUUUGUCACAUUUAUCGCUUCUCGUUUGCUGAAUUUACGUCAGAUCUUAUGCACACGUGUCACUACUCGGCCAUCACAGACGUCAACUUUCCCAAGGAUUGUUCGGAGUUGUUUGCGACGAGUUCGCAGAAUGAUUUGCGCAUUUGGGACUCAGAAACGAGGAAGGAGCUGUUGCGCAUCGUUGUGCCAAACAUGACAUGCAAUGCCUUCUCGAUUAUGGCUGAUGGCAAGAGUAUAGUGACGGGCUGGAAUGAUGGCAAAAUCAGGGCAUACACACCUGAGAGUGCCAAACUAAUGUACACAGUCCAUGAUGCACACAACAGUGGUGUUACUGCCACUGCUACAACCAGCAACUGCCGUUGUAUCAUUAGCGGUGGCGGUGAGGGGCAAGUGAGAGUGUGGGAUGUGGCAGGAAGUUCGACGAAGAUGAAGGGGGCGAUGAAGGAGCACAGGGGUGCGGUUUCAUGCAUCAAAGUGAAGAGCAACGAUAUUGAAUGUGUUAGUGCGAGUGCGGAUGGCACAUGCAUCAUAUGGAACCUUCAGCGGUUUGUCCGUAAUCAGAUCAUAUUUGCCAACACAUUAUUCAAGGCCGUCUGCUAUAGACCAGAUGAGACACAAAUCAUAACGAGUGGAACCGACAGACAAGUUGGAUAUUGGGAGACGUUUGAUGGCUCCGCUAUUCGCGAGCUGGAGGCAUCGGCAACUUCGUCAAUAAAUGCAAUGGAUAUAUCACCAGAUGGACAGUACUUCGUGACAGGCAGUGAUGAUAAGCUUAUAAAAGUGUGGCAAUACGACAAAGGCGAGGUGACCCACAUUGGCACAGGCCACGGUGGUUCAGUGACACGCCUCAAAAUAUGUCCCAAUCAAAGACAUAUCAUCAGUGUGAGUGACGACGGGGCAAUCCUCAAAUGGAAAUGGCCAACCACACCAGCACUCACACCACAGAACACGCCGCAGAAUGGAUUGGAGACUGAACGGCCAACAAGUGCAGAAGAAUAGUUUUAUCUCGUCACUCAUGCAGUUCACGUCAACGAGUAGAAUGGCUGGGCAAUAGUCUAUGAUUAGUUGUCAAAUACUAUUGUACUGUAUGAGUUUCUA